AGCCUAACCAGACCAUGUCCAGCACUAAAUAUAUCUAUAUCUAAUUAUCUGCAUGAUCUCCAGGGUGACUUCAAAGUGCAGGAGGAUAAAAAGCACAGGAAAAAGUAUGAAUCCUUAGGUGAUUCUGAGAAAAAACUCCAAUUCUUUUCCGCUCGGCAAAUAGCAUGCCGGUUACUGGGAAGUAGGGGUUACCUUUGUCAGAAGUGCUGGCUUCCCAUGGAGGAUUGUAUGUGUUCUCGAGUUGCACUGUAUCCUCUUAGGUAUCCAAUAAGAUUCUGGUUGUAUAUGCAUCCCAAGGACUUCUUGCGGCAGAACAAUACGGGGAAGCUAUUAUGGAAAGUAUUUGGUGUUGAAGCAGCAACGUUGUGCCUCUUUGGCAUUGCUGAACAUGAAGAGAUAAUGUGGAAUGCAUUCAAUCUUGCAGGUUUGACUGCAUAUGUUGUCUUUCAUGUAGCACUUUCUUGCCAAUCAAUAAUCAUCAUUUCCAUUCAUCUAUGGCUUUUCCAUAAUUGCACUAAAUGGUUACAUGUGAGUUUAAGAAAAUAAAUUUUGUUGGUAUGGUGUCAUGAUGGUC